UCUCUCGUUCUCCACUCGGUACAAGUAUGACGUCAUUAUUUUCCUCAGUAUUCCUGCUAGCCGUCGCCCUGACAGACUACACGGUGGGGCAAUUCUUGUACGUGGAUGUUCAGACGACGUACGGAGUUCUUCGUGGAGAGGCUAACAUCACAGUCAACGGAACGUCGUACUACCAGUUCUCCGGCGUUCCAUUUGCGGCUCCGCCUGUCGCUGAACUUCGCUUCAAGCCGCCGCAGCCGCCUGCUCCCUGGGACGGAGUGAGGGAAGCGUUGGAGGAGGUUGGUACUACCUGCCACCAGAUCAGUAAUGAUGGCCUCAUCUCCGGAGAGGAGGACUGCCUCUAUCUCAACGUCUACACACCCACGGUUUCGGAGGAUGCGCUGCUACCGGUCAUGGUGUGGAUCUUCGGCGGUCACUUCACCCUCGGCAGCAACUCCAAGGAACAGUGGGGGCCCGACUUCCUGCUCGAUGAAGGCGUCGUUGUCGUUCUGCUCAACUACCGAGUAGGGGUUAUGGGGCUGCUGAGCCUGAGUGACCCGAUCGCCAUGGGCAACAACGUUUUCAAGGACCAGGCAGCUGGCCUGCAGUGGGUGCAGGACAACAUCCGCGCAUUUGGUGGCGACCCGGACAAGGUGACGCUCUUCGGACAGAGCUCCGGCGGCAUCAGCGUCGAGAUGCACAUGUACUCACCGCUCUCCAGAGAUGUUCCAAGGAGAGUGUCGGCCAUAUAUCAUGAUCUAUUAGACACCUGUUGA